ACAGAAGCUUGCGAUGCGCGGGGUCAGCCCUGCGCAGGGAACUGGGCGGGUGCAGGUGUCCCGGCCCAGGCGGACCGAUCUGUGGAGGGACUCUCUGGUAUGAGUGUCCCUGUCUGGUUGGCGAGUGGACGGUGCCUCAGACCCGGUGGGCAACCAGCUGAAGGUGUUCUCUUGGGAAACUCUUGGCCCCACGGGCUCUCUUGCCUGGGGUGCCGGUCCUGCCAUGGCGUUCCGGAGGACUGAGGGCAUGUCCAUGAUCCAGGCUCUGGCCAUGACGGUGGCGGAGAUCCCUGUAUUCCUGUACACAACCUUUGGGCAGUCUGCAUUCUCACAGCUGCGGCUGACCCCAGGCCUGCGCAAGGUUCUCUUUGCCACAGCCCUCGGGACUGUGGCCUUGGCCCUAGCUGCCCACCAGCUGAAGAGGCGCCGGCGGAGGAAGAAGCAGGUUGGCCCUGAAGUUGGAGGUGAACAGCUGGGCACAGUGCCCCUGCCCAUCCUUAUGGCCCGGAAGGUCCCAUCAGUGAAGAAAGGUUACUCCAUCCGGAGGGGACAGAGCCCCAGUAGCAAGAGCAAUGACACUCUCAGUGGCAUUUCCUCCAUUGAGCCCAGCAAACACUCAGGCUCCUCCCACAGCCUGGCCUCGAUGGUGGUGGUGAACUCAUCCAGUCCCACUGCUGCGUGCUCGGGACCGUGGGACAUCCGAGGGAUGGAGGAGUCUGUGCCCGUCACCGACGGCAGUGCUGAGCGUCUCUACGCACAAGGCAUGGAGCUCUUCGAGGAGGCACUGCAGAAGUGGGAGCAGGCCCUGAGCGUGGGCCAGAGGGGGGAAGACGGCAGCACCCCCACGCCAGGGGACAGCCUCCGGAGCCCUGAGACUGCCUCUGAGGCACUGUCAGAGCCAGAGUCACAGCGCAGGGAAUUUGCGGAGAAGCUGGAGUCCUUGCUGCACCGGGCCUACCACCUGCAGGAGGAGUUCGGCUCCACCUUCCCCUCGGAUAGCAUGCUGCUGGACCUUGAGAGGACCCUCAUGCUGCCCCUCACCGAGGGCUCGCUGCGUCUGCGGGCUGACGACGAGGAGAGCCUGACUUCGGAGGACUCCUUCUUCUCAGCCACUGAGCUCUUGGAGUCCCUGCAGGUGGGGGACUACCCGAUCCCACUAUCUAGGCCUGCUGCUGCCUACGAGGAGGCCCUGCAACUGGUGAAAGAUGGGAAGGUGCCCUGUCGCAGCCUCAGGACGGAGCUGCUGGGCUGCUACAGUGACCAGGACUUCCUGGCCAAGCUGCAUUGUGUGCGGCAGGCCUUUGAGGGGCUCCUGGAAGACCAGAGUAACCAGCUGUUCUUCGGAGAGGUCGGCCGGCAGAUGGUGACAGGCCUGAUGACCAAGGCUGAGAAGAGCCCCAAAGGCUUCCUGGAGAGCUAUGAGGAGAUGCUGAGCUAUGCUCUGCGGCCUGAGACCUGGGCCACCACUCGGCUAGAGCUGGAGGGCCGUGGGGUGGUUUGCAUGAGCUUCUUCGACAUCGUGCUUGACUUCAUCCUCAUGGAUGCCUUCGAGGACCUGGAGAACCCCCCAUCCUCAGUGCUUGCUGUCUUGCGAAACCGUUGGCUGUCAGACAGCUUCAAGGAGACGGCCCUGGCCACUGCUUGCUGGUCGGUCCUGAAAGCCAAGAGGAGGCUCCUGAUGGUGCCCGAUGGCUUCAUCUCCCAUUUCUACUCCGUAUCGGAGCACGUUAGUCCUGUCCUGGCCUUUGGCUUCCUUGGACCCAAGCCCCAGCUCGCUGAAGUCUGUGCUUUCUUCAAGCACCAGAUUGUGCAGUACCUGAGGGACAUGUUUGACCUGGACAAUGUGCGCUACACAUCGGUGCCAGCGCUGGCGGAUGACAUCCUGCAACUGUCCCGGCGCCGCAGCGAGAUCCUUCUGGGAUACCUGGGGACACCAAUGACCAGCAGCAUUGGCCUGAAUGGGGCACUGCCCCGAGAGAACCGGCCCCUGGCAGAGCCGCAGUAGUGGCAGGCAUAGGCUGGAGGGGAGGUGGCGGCUGGCCUCGCUCAUGCAGAUGGGAGAGAAGGUGACCCUCCCUCCUUUUGGGUUGGCACUCAAGGGCCAGGGUGGCCAGGGCAGUUGCCUCUGAGCUUGCCCCACCCCCCUCAUCUGGGAAUCCCCAAAGCUCAGAGAGCAAGUUUCCCUGGACAGGGCUGGAGGCAUGGAGAGGCCCACCUGACUGCCCUCAGCUGUCUCUGGGGAAGGGUCCCUGGGAGAGGGUGGCAUCGUGGAGACCUGGGACAGGAAAAGCCAAAGUCCUGUGAGUGUGGGGCCCCAGAAGCUCUGACUACGCUAGGGCUGUCCACAGGUGGGCUCUGAGGGGGGAGGUAGAGGUGGGAGCGGCACGGCCUCGUGGUGAGCAUCACGGAGUCCUGAGCUACAGCACCCUGCACCUGUGUGGCCGGUCUCAGGACCCAGGUGUCCUCUGGUCAGUCCAGAAGGCCCCACCCUGCCUGCCUCCUGCAAGAGUUUGCAAGUGUGCACAGGGGUGGGGGACAGCACCUAGUGGCAAAGGUCUGGGUCAUCCAGAGGUUGACAGAAGGCUGGGCUGCAGCUCAGGGGUAUGGUGUUUGCAAGGCCCUGGGUUCCAUCCCCAGCGCUGCCAAAAAAAAAAAAAAAUUGUUUUUUCCAGGACAGAGGUGGGCCUGCUCCCCCUGGCAGGGACUGGCCCUGACAAACCUGAGCACCAACCCAGGAUACUGUCCCCCCAUGUGCCCAUACCCUGCCAAAGACUGUCAUUUCUCCUUCCACCUCUGCCACCACCAAAGAUGGAGCAGGUGGUGCUGGGUGCUCCGGGCUCCUCCCACCUCCCCUGGGAAGCCAGGAAUUCCCUGAGUGGUGCUAGGCUGGAGUUGGGGGUGCUGACCAGGGGUACUUGGGACCAUCACCUGUGCUGCCAUCAAUAGCCCCAGGAGUGAGGGGCCGGGGACCACGGUGGGGGAUGUCAGAAGAUGAACACGGCUGGACCAGAUCCCCCACCCUCAUGGGGACAAGAAACUACCUGGCAUUGUACCUUCAACACGACGCACAGACGCUCCAGGAGCUGACUAAGGAAGUGGAGCCCGCCUCAGGGCAGGCACCACCCGCUGCUCCUGUGGGGAUCCUGCUAGCAUCUGUCCCAGCAGCUGCCAGGGCUCUGCCAGCCCUUCAGACUUGCGGCUCUGCCAGUGUUUUGCCUGAGCUGGAAAAUUUUAUUUAUUGCCUUAACAGUUUAUUUGGAGUUUCUGCCCCUUCCAGGUUCUGAGACCUUUAGAGAAACAGACUCCUGGCUUCCCAGGCUGGAGCCAGAGCACUGGCCCUGGGACCAGGUCCCUAUCCCUGGAAUGGGAAGAGCUGCUGGGUGGGGAGGGCACACCCAGAAGGGGGGACGGGUGAAGGGUGAUGCUGGGCAUGCCUGUCCUCUCUGAACCUGGUCCCCAGACUGGAGGACCCAUGGGCACUAGUGUGGCUCUGGCCUGACCCCCUCCUGGCCCUCCAUCCUCACAUUCCCUCUUUUGCACUUACCCUGCGCUGUGAAUGUACGCCUGGGCGCUCGCUGCCCCGGUCACUGGAAGUGGCGUUCUCACCUGAUCUUUGUUUACACGCCGUGCACUUGGCCUGCUUCCAGCUUCUGUAUGGUGCAGCGUGUGGUGGAGCCUGUGCGUUGACCGCGAGUCCAAUAAAUGACAGACACCAUCUCCUCCUGCACUGA